AUGGAUCCAGCCGCGGUACACACCUUAGUGCAAGAAGCCGUUCAAGCAGCAAUUGAAGCAACGAGGAUUCCCCCUCCACCUCCUCGCGUCAUCCCAUUUGCAGUAACUCCAGCAGGAGCAGGUGACGCCGCAUGGGACUUCACAUCCAGCACCGGACUCAAGAUCUUCGUAGCGUCCAUUGCCCCUUUCGCGGGAUUGUAUGACGGAAAUGAGUCAGAACUCCGCGACGUCCUGAGAAAGAUCUUGCAACGUGCCCAGACGUAUGGCUGGAUGCAGAUAUUUUUCAUUGCCAACGACGCAGGAGUAGUACGUAACCUGGCCACGGAACAUGGAUGUCUUACCCUUGCCACCAUUCAGACGGCAGCAAUCACCAAUCUGCGUGGGACUGGAAGGCCUCAUCAAGCUACGGAAUGCCUUCGCCAGUUGAUCAUUGGAUCAGUGUCGGCAGCAAUCGCCGACAAGCUCUACCAUCACAGAGCCAACUACACAGUCAAUGCGGCUGCAGCUGCAGGCGAGGGCGAGGCAGUUCCAGCGCCCACCAUGAAGGAAGACGGAACUUGUAUGCUCUAUGAGCUCACCACCUUGGUAUCGGUAGAGACAAGGGCGAUGGUCGCAAUCAUCCUGAAGAAGCUGGCCAAUCUUGAUCAUGAGCGAGCAAAAGUCCAAUGUGGAAGGCUUCAACUCGGUGAUCAACGACCUGGUUACUGCACUCCGCGCUAG